UGGGGCGAAGACCAAGAAAAGGCUGUGGAAAGGAUGAAGAAAGAAUUCAAGGAAGGAGGCUUGGUGCUGGAAGCGCCGAACUACGAGGUCACGGAGGAAAAGCCAUUCGUUGUUCAGACGGACGCCGGACCAACUGCCUUAGGAGGGGUCCUAAUCCAGACGGAUGCUGAUGGGAAGGAGAGGACGUUAAGAUUUGAAAGCCGCACCCUCAAUACGACUGAGAGGAAUUAUUCCCAGUUCAAGAAGGAGACGUUGGCGGUGCUCCAUUGCCUCGAAUCCUUCCGGAAUUACAUCUUUGGCAGAAGGCUCAUUUUGAGGGUGGACCUUACCGCKCCGGCGUGUUCCCUGAAAAGUUACACUCUAUCUGACCCAACCAUCGCGAGGUGGUUGACUUACAUUUGGAUGUUUAACUUUGAGUUGGAGAGGAUUCCCGGGGACAACAAUAGGGCAGAUGGGUUGAGCCGUAUCAAUUGGGACGGGGCGAAUCAAGGGUCAAUCGGGGAUGCCCCGCCAGUUGAUGGGUUCUUGGACCAGGAGGAGGACGUCCGCCUCCACAUAAAUGAGUGGUCGCUGAGGGUGCCUAGCUGCGUCACGCAUCCUAUAUGGCUAGCACCAAGGGGGUAYGRKCAGAAGGAGGAGUUGRUCCUCAAGCCCUUCCWGGAAGAAGAUCCAUGGGGAAAUAGGGAUGUUGGCUGGAUGAUGAAAUUGGCAUUGGCAGGGACACAUAGUCUAGAAGAGGAGGUAAGGACGAUAGAGGAAGGYCCGACCCAGGUAGAGGAGCAUGAGCAACUAAUGGGAGGGAUGUACUUGCUCACCAACACGCUCCUGCAAGAGAACUUUGACCAGAGGAGCGCAGUCAGCUCCGAAGUGGGCGAACUUUUCAUUCCUGAAAGUCAGGACGACGAGUUUGAAGAGGGAGAGAUUAGGGGGGCCUUCCGUGCUGAGGAGUAUGAUGGAAUUUAUCGGGAAUUGGGGACUACCAAGUAUGCGUCGGUCACUCUAUGGUAUGGAAGGCAUGCCACCUUCCCCAUAGAAAGUUUUAUGAAGACGUGGAGGCGCCAGGACCUGGAAGUGAACCUAUCCUUUGAAGAACUGCUCGACAUACGGGUGCGACAAGUGGGGGCCGCUGAAGAAAGGCUACGGGAGACCGCUGGUCAGGUGGAGAGAAUUCGUAUGGAAGAUAAGAUGAGGUGGGACCAGAUGGCCCGAAUAAGGAAGGAGCCGCUGAAGGUUGGAGACGUGGUGCUGCUGUACGAUUCCUCGCUGGAGAAGCAGUGGUCUAGGAAACUUGACAAGCGCUGGCUGGGACCCUAUAGGAUCGUGCGGUGUGGCGAGUUUGGGGCCUACCAAAUUGAGGAGCUGGAUGGGGAAGGAUGGCAGGACUGGGUCUUCCCCUCCUCUCCUGAUUCCUUUCAUCCUCGUAUCCCUCGCUUCCCACCACCUACCCCUACCACUGCUUCCCGAGUGACGCCUACUCGUCCAGCUACUGACGAGCCCUCUAUUGACUAUUCUCCUACCAUCGCCGAGGACAGCACUGUCGAGUCUCGCUCAGGUGAUUGUCCGAUAGCCUUCUACUCCCGUCAGCUCCUGCCCGCCGAGAUAAACUACACAGCUGAUGAACGUGAGGUUCUCGCAGUAGUUUAUGCCGCUCGUCACUGGCGGCACUACCUGCACGGGGCACCAUUCACGGUGCGCACGGACAACUCUAUUGUCCAAGCUUUUCUGACUAAGCCGAAGCUCACUCCUCGACAGGCUCGCUGGUGGCGCGACCUAUCCGAGUUUACUUUCACCACUGAGCACAUCAAGGGUGAGACUAAUCGGGUCGCAGAUGCCCUAUCUCGGCACCCUGACCACGACCAGGAGCAAAUCCAGCUCUCUUCCGUCUCGGUCACCACCGUCCACCACUCGGUGAUCGACGAGUUUCGCACUCAGUACCGCCACUGCCCCGACUAUCGCGACAUCCACGCGACCCUUCGGAGUGGCAAGACCGUCCCGAACUACUCUCUCAGGGACAACGGUCUCGUGUACUGGCACGGUUCACAGGGCACCAGAGAGCCCCGUAUUUGCGUUCCCUCCACUGGACAGCUAUGUGUCCAAGCAGUAGCAGAGUUCCAUAACCAGGCAGUUGUCGGUCAUAUGGGCUUCCACAAGACGUUGGCUCGUGUGAGCCGCCUCUACGUCUGGCCGAAGCGCAAGGACUUUGUGAAGAACUACGUCGCAGAGUGUCCCACCUGUCAGGAGGUGAACAGUGCGAACCACCUGCCUUAUGGUUUGCUCCAGCCUCUUCCUAUCCCUGAGGGUCGUUGGCAGUCCAUCUCGAUGGACUUUAUCGGUCCUCUUCGUCCUCCAACCCCUCGCGGUAAUGAUGCUAUCCUGGUCGUCGUCGACCGCUUCACGAAGCGUGGACGCUUUGUUCCGUGCCGCUAUGCCAUCAGUGCACGUGAGGUCGCCGACAUCGUGUUUGACCGAGUCGUGUGUGACCACGGCUUACCUCUGAGCAUCAUAUCUGACCGUGACCCGCGCUUUACCAGCCGAUUCUGGCGACGACUCCACGAGGUAUACGGCACUCAGCUCCGCUUCUCCUCGUCUUACCAUCCUCAGACUAUUGGUCACACCGAGAUCACGAACAGGAAUCUCAGAGAUAUUCUUCGAAAGAUUGUUCGUGACGACCGGCAGUGGGAUCUUCAUCUUGCCCACGCGGAGAUAGCCUACAACCACGCCGUCUCGCCAGCCACGGGGAUGUCGCCUUACUAUUGCGACCUCGGCUAUUACCUUCGUGUUCCCACGGACUUUCUUCGACCGUCACAAAUGCACCCCGACACGAGUUAUCCUGCGCUGGAUGAUUGGGUUGCACACAUGACGUCGAUUAUGAAGACCGCACAUGAGCACAUAGCCGCUUCCCAGACUCGCAUGGCAGCACGUGCAAACCGAUCGAGGAUGGACCAUCCAUUCAAAGUCGGUGAUGAUGUGCUUAUCCACGCCCGCCACUUACAGCUCGAAGCGGACACGCUUCGCAAAGUUGAGAGGCGGCGGCGAAGCAAGAGGCCAAGGGAACCGGCACCGAGAGAGGCGGGGCUGGCCAAAGAGGGGAGGGGAGCCCCGGCCCAGCGGGAGGAUGAGCCCGCAGGGCCCGCAUUGGCAGAGGAGUCGUUCCCUGCUUGUGGCCUCCGAGCGGUUGAGUUCCGGCGGAUUACGAGCGAGGAGUUGAGGCCGCCCUCACCACUACCAUCAACGCAGAAGCUGGACAUACCAAGAGAGACGCCAUUCCGAAGCUUAGCGACUCAUCUGGAUGUAUCCCAAUGGAAGGCCUCACGGCUGGGAGAGGGCUCAGUUGAGCCGGCAUGCUACGUGCCAUUGGAGGAGCCCCUCGACCCCGAGAUGGAGACAUACAUGCAAGACCGAGAGGAGCCGCAGGAUCCUGAGAUAGCAGCCGAGCGGCCAGAUCCGGUGCGACCUCAGGGUAGAGAGGUGAUCACAGUUGGGGACGAUACCCCUCCAUGCUCCCCAGCUCCAGAGCCAGCACAGCGUUCAUGGCCAGAGGGGAUUCUUGAGCCAGGUAGCGAGGAGAUCCCGGAGUUUCCCCCUGAGGCCACCACUAUACCUGAGCAGGAGGCAGAGGCAGAGAACCGGGGAAUGUGUGAGAGAGCGAGGAUGGAGGUGCCCCUUGACUUGCCCUUGGCCACACAGGUGACCGAGAGCCCGGAUAUCGAGGAGCCCGUUUCAGCAGAGUUACCGCUAGUAGUGCCGUGCGCGAGCAAAAGGAUGGAGGCGGAGGCGUCGACUCCAGGAGGCCACGGGCCGCGAGUGGAAGGAACCCCAAGAGAGACCCGCGAAGAGAAGUCCGCCCGAGUGCGGGUCCGUCUGGACGAGAUAUACGCAAGACAGAUUGAGAUGGAGGCGGCGGGGAUAGAGCCGACACCGCCGGUCGAGCCCAAGACGAGUGAGCAGAGGAUCGACAAGUUGUGGGCUAGGUAUGAGAGUCAGAGGGAUGCAGCCCGCCAGAGGUCACGAGAGGCGGGACAGGCGGACGAGGAGAUGAGUGAGUUGAGAGAGAUGGGGGACUUGGGGUUCUCCGCGACUAGGCAGGCGAUUGAGCGUAUGGAUCGGAGGGUAUGCGAAACGGCAGUCACAUCCUUCCAGUGGUAUAAUCUACUCAGCAAUGAGCUCAGAGUUAAGGAGUUGGAGGUGGAGCACCUGACUACUCAGCUUGCCGAGGAGAGGGCGAGGAGCAGGGCUAGAGAUGUUGAGUGGGAGAGGAGAUUUUGGGAGAUGGCUGCCGUUGUGGGUAGGCUCUCGGCAGCCUGGGAGGCUAGCCAGAUGGGGCGAGCCGGUGCCGAUAGCCAGGGCCGAGGGGUGCAGGCUUCGCCGGGUCAUGGAGCAGCAGUGGAGGUCCCUCGACAAGCCGAGCCAAUGGAGGAGGCGCCUUUGGACGCAGUCGAGGAGGAGAGUGGCGCGCAGGAGUCGCUUAUGGCUAUGUCCACGGAGAGGAGAGGUUCGCGCUUGCAUGAGCUGGCGGCAGCCAUGGGGAUAGGCACUCCACAGGAGGGGCCUCAGGGACUCGACGCUCCAGAGCAUUCCCCGAGGUUGGGGGAGUUGAGGGCGGAUCUGGGCUCCUGGGCCACGGGGACCGACUCAGGAGGGCCUGACUCGCGACGGCAACAACAGCAGGAGGUCGUGAGUGAGCCCGCCGCUAUUGGGGGCUCUCAACCAUUAGGAGUAUGUAAGGAUGAGGCGAUGAUGACAGAGAGGGCGCAUGAAGAGGGACCCCAAGAGUUGGAUACGCCAAAGCGCGGGCCAGGGAGUGCGGCUGCACGAAGGGGUAAGGGUGCUGAGGCUAUGGGGCCAGGACCACAGGGCCAUUUGGGGUUACCCUCGUGUCAUGAGGUGGCUACUGAGACCAUGGGGACGCCUUCGGCAUCGAGUUCGCAAGGAACAAAGAAGAAGACUGUCAAGUGGCAUGAUUCCUCCUGUUUUGGUGCAAGGAGGGAGGGCAUAGAGCCGUGGACGGCCCAAAGCUCCUUGAGGAUAAGGCCGAGGGGCGAGUCGCGGAGGACAAUGGCAAAUUCUAUGAUAGACAGGGGAGGAUAGUGGAGCGAGCUCCAGAUGGGGGCAGGGCCCAGUUAUACAGACAGAACCAGGAGCAAUUGUGUAAGUGGGGAUCGGUCUGUCUAUGUAUUGAUAGGACUAGAGAUCUUUGACACACACAGGGCGAGGUUAGAGGUGUACAUACCUGAGGAACCCAAGGCGCUCUAUAAGUUUAGGUGUCUUGGGUUACCUCAUUUACUUGGGAUUCUCUCAGUUUCUUUGGUUCUGAACAAGGAGGUCUGAGCCGCUCUAUAAAUUUAGGUGGCUCAACCCUUCUUCUGUUUUGYUUUGAGGGAAUAAUCUUGGCAAGGGACGGACCGCUCUAUAAGUUUAGGUAGCCUGUCCCACUUCCUAGCACAGAUUGGACCAGAGAGAAAUGAACCUAGCUGAGGAUC